GUCACGGCGUGCUGCCUGUGGGACGCGUUGUCAACAACGGCAGGCGCUGCGGCCACCACAUGAGAACGACGUUGGAUCGGAGUUUGGGAUGAGAGCGAAAGGGCAGCGCGAUGGACAAGUACGAGAACAUCUCCGUGGUGGGCGAGGGCUCGUACGGGCUGGUGAUGAAGUGCCGCCACCGCGAGACGGGGCAGCUCGUCGCCAUCAAGAAGUUCAUCGAGACCGAGGAGGACCAGAACGUGCGCAAGAUGGCGCUCCGCGAGAUCCGCAUGCUCAAGAAGCUGCGGCACGAGAACCUGGUGAACCUGAUCGAGGUGUUCCGGCGGAAGCGGCGCUUCUACCUGGUGUUCGAGUUCGUGGACCACACGGUGCUGGACGAGCUGGAGGAGAAGCCGGGCGGCCUGGGGGAGCUGGUGACGCGCUGCCACACCUUCCAAGUGCUGCGCGCCAUCCACUACUGCCACUCCAACAACAUCGUGCACCGCGACGUGAAGCCGGAGAACGUGCUGGUGUCGCGGCUCGGCGUGGUCAAGCUGUGCGACUUUGGGUUCGCGCGGCUUCUCGCUGCACCGGGAGAGCCGUACACGGACUACGUGGCCACGCGCUGGUACCGAGCCCCGGAGCUGCUCGUUGGAGACGUCAAGUACGGCAGGGAAGUUGACAUCUGGGCAGUGGGCUGCCUGUUUGCCGAGAUGAUGACGGGCGAUCCGCUGUUCCCUGGAGAUUCUGACAUCGACCAGCUGUUCCAGAUCGUAAAAAUGCUUGGGAAGCUGGCGCCGCGGCACCAGCAGCUGGUGGCGCGCAACCCGCUGCUGCGCGGCCUGCGGCGGGCCGCGGAGGAGCCUGCGCAGACGCUGGCGCGCACCUUCCCCGCGUGGCCGUCGUUCGCCGUCGAGCUGCUGGCGCUGUGCCUGGCCGCCGAGCCGGCGCACCGGCCGGCCGCCGCCGACCUCAUGGAGCAGCCCUACUUCACGCACGACCACUUCCCCGAGCGCUUCCUGCCCGAGCUGCUGGCGCGCGUCGCCCAGGAGAGCCAGGGGAACCCCCUGCUGCGCAGGCAGGCCGCCGCCGCCAUCAGCUCCGCUUCCCGCCGAGACAUCCGGGGUACCAACUUGCGAAGAAGUUUUGCUGAUCCACCAAGAUGGAGGGUAAACCUUAUUCCAGCCGAGCAGAAUGCUGGUGGUGACAGCCGUAGAUUUCUUGUAGAUCUGAACAAACCUGCUUCAAGAAGAAAAAUGAGUGAUGGUAAUAACAUUAUGGAUAUAGCUGAAGAGGACCGUGAAAAUAAGGAUGAGCCAGCAAAGACUCCUGGAAUGCUCUCCAAAAGUGACCUAUCUCGUGUGAAAGUGUCUGUGCAUGACAUUCAGCUGAGUACAAAUUUCGGAGAUGAGCAAACUUCGUCACCCUCACCAGCACCUUUCCAGUCUCUGCAGCUACAUACAUUUAAUGCAAACACUCAGGUUCAAAAUGAACAUUCCAUUCCUUCUUCUCAAGGACACAAUAACAUGCAAGUUUUACACCCAUCCAUUAACAAUUUGAGUUUCAGUGUGAACAGAGAUCAGACUACAACACUGCCAACAAGGAUUCCUGAACCACUGAAAAAGUCACCACUUGUGCCCGGUGGGAAACUUAGAGAAGUAAAUCGCCCUCUACCAACAACAACUUCAGUAAAUGCGACUCCCAUGCUUCAUGUGGCACCACGUACUACCUUCAUACGUCGUUUGGAUCGCAGUCUGAUGCUUGAUGUGUGUACGCCAGAUACCCACCAACCUAAUGAGUCUCCUCCUGGUGAUGGGUGGAUUACAACCAGCAAAAGACUCCUGUCAAAACCACAAAAGCAGCAGGCUGUUGAUGACUUCUCCCUCCCUAAUUUACCUGGUGCUACUGGCAGUCCAACAAAGGCAUCAAAGAAAAAACAGAACCCAACUCAUCAAACACCAACAGAUGCUUUUAUAUCACCAAGAGGCAGUUGUUCUCGUUCACCAUCACAGAGCCCCAAAACAAGAUUUGGUUCUAACUUACCAUUUGUAUGAGACACUCAGAAAUAGAUGUACAAGAAAUUUCUCAAAAUCUUUAAGUUUCAGUACACACUGAUCAUGAAAUCUGUGGAACAUUUAGGAAAAGGAUGGUUAACUGUAAUGUACUGGAUGAGUAAUUUUAAACUGGAGAGUUUACAGUAUCUUCAAAGUAUUCAGUAUAUUAUAAAAUAUGAACAAAAAGGGAAAAAGCAAGAUUGACAUACACAGUAUAUUUGUACUAGACAAUCAUCAUUAUAUUUCCAUAUCACAUGAAACUAAUUGUGGAAAUAAUCAGAAGCAAGAGGGCAGUCUAUGCCUUGUGAACUAAACAUUUCCAAGUACAGAUCUGUUAUUGAAAUAUCACAACAAAGUCUUAACAAAUUUCAGUUCACAAUUACAUAUCCAUGAACAUAGAAUGUCAAUAUUAUGCUUUCAUAGACCUCCUUUCAGUAUCUUCUUGCCAGAUAAAUGAUCACUAAUUUGAUGAAUUAAUGUUCUGAUUGAAAAAUCAUUUAUACAUUAAUUUUGUUUGUGUGUGGUACCUAUCUUGACUUAAGCUACUGCUUAAAUUGCAGUGACUGUUUGCGUAAUGCUGCAGAAAGUGUAAAUCAGAAUAAUGAACAUUUAUUAAAAAUUUUUAAAAAAAAGUUUAUUUUGAUGUCUGAAUUUAUUAUGUUUACAAUUUCUCUCUGGAAUUACAUUGUCAUCCAGUGUAAAUCUUGUUCUUCAAAUACUUUUUGUUUUAUUAUUCUGCAUUUGUAUCUGUUUUUGAGACAGAUGUUUUUUAUAAUACUUUCAAGGAGAAGCACCAGAUUUAAAAGAAACAUAGAGAGAUCAUGUAUGAAAAGAUGAAAUUCCGUUGGUCUCUUUUGUAAUGAGCGAUGGAGUGCAAUCAUAAGAAAUUUGUUCUUGAUACAUAUGGAACCCAAGUUGGGAAAAUUAUAUUUUUUACAACAGAUAGUCACCUUAUAUUUGUAUAAAAUAUUUUUUAAAACUGUGUAUAUAGUUACUGUUUGCUGUUUUGACGUGUGUUUUCCAAUAAACUGUAAAUCAUAUAGUUUUGUUUUCAUCUGUUGUAUGAGUCCCACAUCCAAAAUUAGCCAAAUAGUGUCUGCUGUCCUUAGUAUAAGGAACUGCUGUUUUGAUUCAUGACAGACAGGUGACAUAUACUAUGAGCUCUCAAAAAUAGCUGUUCAGAUUAUGAUAUGAAUAGAAAUCACUGCAAUUAGUCUAGGGAUAAUCUUAAACCCCUUUGCAAAACUGACACAGUAUCAUAAUCAGAAAAUGAAUACACAUAAAUCAGUGUACAUCAGUCAUAAUUCUGGGUAUUAUUUUCUUAGAAGAAAUUGGAAUUAUAAAACUAAUUUUUAUAGAGUAAAGCACUAAAAUCGUGUAUUAGUAACAAUGAAGAGUAAGUUUAUAGCAGCAAUGAGCACCAAUAUAAAAUUUAUUUACUUCUUUUUUAAUGUAGGUCUGAAAGCAACCACACUAAUUAUAUUAUUGAAAAACUGACAUAAUACACUGCUAUCUCACUGCUUAAUACAUCUGAUAGUUCUAUGAGGAAACAUAAUUAUUUUCCUUCUGAUAAAUGUACAUUACAAACUGUACAACCUUACAGCACAAGACAGUGCCCUCUGCAUAACCUGGACUACCUCCAUUUACAUUAAUAGCAAGUAAAUGAGUCAUGGCACUGUGAUACUGUCACCUUCCUCUGUGUCAACCACACAGGAAUACAACAGUGUUAAUGGAAAAGAAGUGAGAGUGGAUGUUGAAAUAUUUCAUACUACAGAAUGACAGCACAUUACAACACAAACAUUUAACACACACAAUCUCUUUGUUUAUAAAUACCAAGAGUCAAUCACUAUCCACUGUACAGGUCUUAUAUGAACAGAUUACAUUCUCUGGAACUACACAAGGAAGUUUGUUUUGCAUAUUAGCCAAACUUUUUUCCUGUGCUUACACUGAAAAAAACACAUCACUGCUUCACUACCUCUAAUUUUUCUAGUUCAGAACUAGAAAUGAAUCAACUGUGGGUAAAUGUUCAGUCUUAGCUAUUGCUAAUGAUAAGCAAUUACUUCUGGCUUCGGCAUUUCCACUUAUAU